CACAGUCCUCUUGUCUUGACAGCAGCAGCAGCAGCAGCAACAACAACAGCAGCAGCAUUCUUAGAGCAGAGAAGGCCAUGGAAAUCUCAGAGACUGCCCCUCCAGCCUCGGAAAAAAAAGAUGAAGAAACGAAAGUCCCAGGGAGUGUAGAAAAGGAUAAUCACCAUCUGCAAACCAGAAAUAAGAAGGACACGUCUUCUUCCUCCUCUUCCUCUUCCUCCUCCUCUUCAUCAACGUCUUCGGACAGCAGUAGUGAUGAGGAAAAACUCCCUGUGGCAACUAGAAAACCCAUUCGCUUUGAGGACAAUAGAGAAGAUGACAACCAAGAUGAAAGUGAUGCUGACGAAGAUGGAUCAGUGACCCAGAAGGAUGAGCUUCAGCUCUAUGAAGGUGUGUCUGAAGAGGUCGUUCCCUACAAUGAAUCAGAGAUCAGGAGCAGAGAACCUGGAACUUCAGAUGUAGCGGAAAUUGAGGACUCUCAAUUAAGAAGACUGAACAUAAAGAAAGAUGAUGAAUUUUUUCAUUUUAUCCUUCUUUGUUUUGCCAUCGGGGCUCUAUUAGUCUGCUAUCACUGCUAUGCAGACUGGAUCAUGUCUUUGGGUGUUGGUUUACUGACCUUUGCCUCUCUUGAGACCAUUGGAAUAUAUUUUGGCCUGGUAUAUCGGAUUCACAGUGUCCUCCGAGGCUUCAUCCCUCUGUUUCAGAAGUUAAAAUUAAUGGGUGUCAGAAAAAGUGAUUAAGAGGACUGAAGAACAGUGACUGAAAGCAGUGCCUGGGCCCUGGAGUUUUUCCAAUGAAGGAAGUCAGAAAAUGAAAAAAACAUAGUCUGAAAAAUCCAGGGGUUAAGGGAAAUGAUCAAGAAGUGCUAACUGUAAAGCAUCCUGAGGGAAGGUGGGGAGGCAGGGGAUGUGAGAAGAAAGGGACAUUUGUCAGAGAAAACAGAAGAUUUUUACCUGCUAGGUUAUAAAACCUAGCAAUCUCAAUGAACAAUCCCAUUAGUUUUAUGAAGUUUCAUUUUGUAAAUCAAUGCAUAUGAUUUUUGGUGGGGGUUAUUUCCAUGUUCUCAUACCUGAGCUAAAUAGGUUUUCACCCCAUGACCUUGUGCUCUUCACCAAGUCCCAGAGGAUUUUAGCACAGGUCUACCCACAUGGCAUUGACUGGAUUUGGUUUUGCUCUUUUCAACCACCAUGAGGCUUUCUUUAUCUGCUCAAGUUUUCUUUGAGCAACUCGUCAGUUGGCUCCCAUCAGUCAGAGCCUGCUUCUCUUCACCCAGUGGGGCAAUGAGCCUCAACCUAGCUCAUAAACCUGAGGGACUCUGAUUUGCCUGUUCAAGUUAGAGAGGGUCAAUGAGUCUUGUGCAUGAAAUGAAAAGGGGGGAAAGCUGUGAAAUAAAAGCAAGGAAAUAA